UGUCCACUGCCACAUCCCAGCUGCUCGGGUUUCUCCAGCAAAGCACACCAGCUUCACUAACUGCUGCUCUCUCACCCCUGCUCACUCUCUCUCUCAGACAAAAUGUCUUACAAGAAAACAACAAGCUACACCGUCAAGUCCUCCUCCUCGGGGUCCGUUCCUCGGAGCUUCAGCAGCAUGUCCUACUCCGGACCCAGCGUCAGCCGACAGAGCUACACGGCACGCAGCUCCUAUGGAGGGGUCAACCGUGGCAUGGGAGGUGGACUUGGAGGUGGACUGGGAGGUGGCAGCUACAUCACCAGCUCCACAGCCUACGGAGGCGGCAUGGGUCUGGGCAUGGGAAUGGGCAUGGGAGGCCCUGCUGUGACACCCAUCACCGCCGUCUCAGUCAACAAGAGCCUCCUGGCCCCUCUGAACCUGGAAAUCGACCCCACCAUCCAGGCUGUCCGCACCCAGGAGAAAGAUCAGAUCAAGUCCCUCAACAACCGCUUCGCCUCCUUCAUUGACAAGGUACGCUUCUUGGAGCAGCAGAACAAGAUGCUGGAGACCAAAUGGAGCCUGCUCCAGGGCCAGACCACCACCCGUUCCAACAUCGACGCCAUGUUCGAGGCCUACAUCGCCAACCUGCGCAGACAGCUCGACAGCCUGGGCAACGACAAGAUGAGGCUAGAGGCUGACCUGCACAACAUGCAGGGUCUGGUGGAGGACUUCAAGAACAAGUAUGAAGAUGAAAUUAACAAGCGUACAGAGGCUGAGAACGACUUUGUCCUCAUUAAGAAGGAUGUUGAUGAGGCCUACAUGAACAAGGUCGAGCUGGAGGCUAAGCUGGAGAGCCUGACAGAUGAGAUCAACUUCCUCAGACAGAUCUACGAGGAGGAGAUCCGUGAACUGCAGUCCCAGAUCAAGGACACCUCUGUGGUGGUGGAGAUGGACAACAGCAGGAAGUUGGACAUGGACGCCAUCGUGGCCGAGGUCCGCGCUCAGUACGAAGACAUCGCCAACCGCAGCCGCGCCGAGGCUGAGACGUGGUACAAGUCUAAGUAUGAGGAGAUGCAGACAUCUGCCACCAAGUACGGAGAUGACCUCAGGUCAAGCAAGACAGAGAUCGCUGACCUCAACCGCAUGAUCCAGAGAUUGCAGUCUGAAAUCGAUUCAGUGAAGGGACAGCGCGCCAACCUGGAGAACCAGAUUGCCGAGGCAGAGGAGCGUGGGGAGAUGGCAGUGAGGGACGCCAAGGCUCGCAUCAAGGAUCUGGAGGAUGCCCUGCAGAGAGCCAAGCAGGACAUGGCACGCCAGAUCAGAGAGUACCAGGACCUGAUGAAUGUCAAGCUGGCCCUGGACAUUGAGAUCGCCACCUACAGAAAGCUCCUGGAAGGAGAGGAAGACAGACUGGCCACUGGAAUCAAGGCCAUCAACAUCUCCAAACAGAGCACAAGCUACAGUUCCUUCCCCAUGGAGAGCGCUGGCAGUGCCUACAGCAACUACUCCAGCGGUUACUCUAGCGGUUUCUCCGGCGGCUACGGCGGCGGCUACGGCGGCAGCUACAGCGGCGGCUACAGCUCCGGCAGCGGCUACGGCGGCAGCGGCUACGGCGACAGCACCACCACCCAGAGCAAGAAAAGCGUCGUCAUCAAGAUGAUCGAGACCAAGGACGGCAAAGUCGUGUCCGAGUCUUCCGAGGUCGUCCAAGAUUGAGCCCGAGGCCCCGUUCCCCCAUCCAGUCUCGUAACCUUGUCGUGUUUUUAGCCAUUCCUCUUUCAGCCUGUCAAAACCAGAAAGAUAGCGGUCCAAAGUAUGCGGUCCCAGUGGGACACAGUCAUAAAGCAGUCUGUAAAGCAAUAAAUACCUUUACUCUGACCAAAGGAUUUGCAAGGGACCAAACCAUAUCUUCUCACACCGUGCCUUAUGCUCAUGUCCACAUUCUGCACUAAAACAAACGCUCUCAGUUUGCUCCACACAGCUGUACUGUCUUGCACACAACACGCGUCCAGGGCCGCACCUCUUUAAGUCUGGGAAUGUUCGAUUUGCCACCAACACGGGCCACUCUUUCAGUCACUCAAUGCACUGUGACAGUUUUUUUGUUUGUUUGUUUUUUACAUUUGUUUAUGAAGGGUUAAUGUUCACGUUGGUGUGAAAGCGUAGCCCUGUUUGUGGUAGAUCUAUGUCCUGUGCCUGCUCUGUAGACAGACAUUGUCUUCCCAUAGUACUCUGCUGUCAGACGCAAAAUGAAAUGUACACAGUGUACCACGAGGUGCUGUUUUUUUGCUACCAAAAAAAAAAUAAAGUGUUUCAUUCAAAGUUUUCA